CUGCUGCGAGUGUUCCGUUGUCGAAACAUGGUACGCGACAGUAGCCGUAACAUUUGUUUUGGAAAAUUAGCCGAAACUACUACGCCGCACCAACAACAACAACCACAGCCGCAGCAGCAACAACAGCAGUUCGUUGUGGAUAGCAGCUCCAUUAAUAAUAAUAACAACAAUAAUAGCAACAUCAACAACAAUAAUCAGAAAUUGAAAAGGUCUACAGAGGAACCACCGACAAACAGCUUCGAAAGGAACUACUACGACCGCACCAGCAACCGCUUAGUCAGUCAAUACCAGGCGAGCAACUCCGCCUCCUUGGCCAACUCCAACUCAAACUCCAGUCCCUCGUCCGUGAGCAGCUCCACCUCCGCGUCAGUGUCCGCAUCGGCGGCAGGGGGAUCCUCCGAGAGAUCGCGCAACCGAGAUCGCCUGUACAGGAAUGGUUCUGCCAGCGGUCACAGCGGCGGCAUCAACAGCAGCGGCAACAGCAGCAACACGACGACGACGACAGCAGCCUGCACAGCUGGAGCUGGAGGAUCUGGACCGGGGGGAGCUGGAGGACUGGUAGGGUCGGGGUCAGGAGCUGGAGGAGUGCCGCAGGCGCUGGGCGACAGGAGCAGCAGCCACAAUAUCCACCAGAACCAGCAGAGCGCGCGGGUGGCACCACCACAGUCAUGGUACGAAGCCGCCGCUGCUGCAACGACGGCCCAACUAAAAAGUCCUGGUGGCAGUGGCAAUGCCGGCGCCUCAGCAGCCGGUGGCUUCGCAAUGAGCAGCUCACCGAUCAACCACCAUCAUCAGCAGCACCAGCAUCCGCACUCGCAUCCGCAUCUUCAGAAUCCUCAACACCCGCACUACAGCAGCAGCCCAGCGGCAGGAGCCGGAGGAGGAUCCUGUCCGUCUCCCGCCCAAGGACAGGUGCAGAUCCAAUCGCAGACCACGGCCGUGCACCGGAGCGUGGCCUAUGCGGGGAGUGCUGCGGAUGACGCGCUGACCACCGCCACCUCGCGCAAGAUGCUCCUGCACAGCAGCAAACUCAAUAAGCUGCUCAAGGGGGCGGGAGCGGCGGGCAGCGGAGGAGCACGCUCUGGUUCGGAGUCGCCAGGAGGAGCUGGAGGAGCGACUCCACUGACGACGACAAGUACAAUCACAAACAAUAGUUUUAGUAGUAAUAGUUUAAAUAAUACAAUAACCACGGCAACUCCUACGAUGCCCACGAUAGCAUCCGGAGCUGCGGGAUCGCUAGGAUUAGGAUCGGGAGCAGCAGCGGGAGCGGGUUCCAAUCCCGGUUCCGGUUCAGCCAGCGGUGACAUUCUAAAUGUGGCCGCUGCUCUGGCCGCCGCCGUGGACAAUGGUCUGCCGUCGCAUCCGAUCCGGACGCGACACCACCUGCACGGACGCAGCACCACCUCCUCCAGUCGCUCGCACUCGCGCUCGCCGAGCAGCUACAGCAGUUCGCACAGCUCCUCGUCCUCGUCGCACUCCUCCUCCCACUCGCACGCGUCCAGUCCCGUCCAGUCUGCGGGCAAUUGUGUGAUGGCCGAGGGGCGCAGCGGGCGAACCCUCCAGUCGGUCGCAGUAACCAGCAACUCUUCAAAUCCCAGUGGCAAUGCUGGCACUGCCAGCAGCGCAGGCGGCGGCGGAGGCUGUGGCUCCAGCUCGUCCUCGAGCAGUAGCUCCAGUUCCAGCGGAUCCUCCUCCUGCCUAACGGCCAAUCCCGUGGUGCAUUCCGAAGACAACCGGCCACUGGCGAUACGUGUCCGCAACCUGCCCGCCCGUUCCUCGGACACGUCCCUCAAGGAUGGUCUGUUCCAUGAGUACAAAAAGCACGGCAAGGUCACGUGGGUCAAGGUGGUGGGCCAGAACUCGGAGCGCUAUGCCUUGGUUUGCUUCAAGAAGCCGGACGACGUCGAAAAGGCGCUGGAGGUGUCCCAUGACAAGCACUUCUUCGGCUGCAAGAUCGAGGUGGAACCGUACCAGGGCUACGAUGUCGAGGACAACGAGUUUCGGCCGUACGAAGCCGAGCUGGAUGAGUACCACCCCAAGUCCACGAGGACGCUCUUCAUCGGGAACCUCGAGAAGGACAUCACCGCCGGCGAGCUGCGCGGUCACUUCGAGGGCUUUGGGGAGAUCAUCGAGAUCGAUAUCAAGAAGCAGGGCCUGAAUGCCUACGCGUUCUGUCAGUAUUCGGACAUUGUCUCCGUGGUGAAGGCAAUGCGCAAAAUGGACGGCGAGCACCUGGGCAGCAACCGCAUUAAGCUGGGCUUUGGCAAGUCAAUGCCCACCAACUGCGUUUGGAUCGAUGGUGUGGGCGAAAAGGUCUCCGAGUCGUUUCUUCAGUCGCAGUUCACGCGGUUCGGGACGGUGACCAAGGUCAGCAUCGAUCGGAACAGGCAGUUGGCCUUGGUGCUCUACGACCAGGUUCAGAAUGCCCAGGCCGCGGUGAAGGAUAUGCGCGGCACGAUCAUGAGGGGCCGAAAGCUGCAGGUGGACUUUGCAUCGAGGGAGUGUCAGGACGCAUUCUACGACAAACAGGAGAAGCAGCAACAGCAACAACAGGGUUCGAGUUCUACCUCGCGCUUCAGUCGCUACGACUCGACCGCCUCCUCGUCGCAAUCCCGAUCUCGCGCGUCUUCCUUUAGCCGCCACCAGAACAACUCGAACGACGGCUGCUCGCCAAGCAACACGCCGGGAGGAGCUGGCAGUGGAAGCGCCAGCGGAAGCAGUACAACUAACCAAAGCACCAGCAGCAUCAUCCCUUCAAACAUCGGUGCCACUGCCAGCAGUGCGAUGCCAGCUCCCAUAGUGGGCAGUAGUUCCUCGGGAACGGUGCCUGCUGCCGCAUCCAUGCCGUCGGUGGCCAGCUCCUCCUCCAGUUCGAUGCCCAUGUCACCGGCUGCCCUGGCGCAAAGGCAUCGAAUGGCUCGAAGUGCGCGGCAAACCGUCGACUGUGACUUCAACGAGGUGGGUCGCCUCCGGUUUCGCAACUCAGAGGAGGUUGCUGGAGGUGCAGGAAAUCCCACGCAGUUUGAGGAAGUCCGCUCCGAUUCCCCAGUAAUCGCUCGACAAGGAUCUGCUGGAGCCGUCGGAGAAUCCAUCGAUGGGACGUUAAACAACAGCCAAGUUGGUGGAGCUGCAGCUGAGGGAUUCACAGGAUCUGGCAGCAACAGCCUCCUCAGCCGGAGACGUUGCGGUAAGACACCCAAGGACUUGCACCCCGUGCACAAUCAACGUUUCCAUUCGGCAGAACAACUCGAGGAAUGCCCGUCCAGUGGUGAUGAGGGCGUGGUCAGUCCGCGUAAGCGAAUCAAAAUGGAUUACCACCAUCACCAUCAUCAUUCCAAUGCAAGUGGGCUGGAGUCCACUGGAGAACACAGCAGCAUCAACAAGCCCAGCCCUCUUUCCCUGUCCAACUGUGAUGUGAUACACGAUCCCCUCAACCGCAAGAGCGAAAUCCGGAGGGUCUCCGAGACCCCGAGUGGUUCCCCCAGCAUGAAGUUCCCCGGCCACCUGCCGUCGGCUCCCCCAUCCAUGAUGCUCAGUUGCCGCCGCCCGUCCAUCGAUGUGGGAGCUUUGUCGGCGCUCUCUAGUUCCUCGGCCUUCAGGCACGGAAUUGUUGGAGCCAGCAGCAUGGAUCAGCAGCACAUGUUGAACGCCUCGUUGGCUGCGAAGAGGAGACGAGUGACCACUACCAUGCAGCAGCCCAGCUCGUCGUCAACCAGCAAUAAUUCUGGUGGACCUGGCUUGGGCGGGAUAAGUAGUCUUGCGCCGGCGGAUGAUUACCAUCAUCACGUCUCGCGGGGCAGAGGUCACCAGCUACAUUCCCAUCACUCACACGAGGCCAGCGGGGGAGAGAGUGCGGAUGGGUCUCGCCCUGGAACACCGCUGUGCGAUGAGCGACCCGAAGUCCUGCCCACAGAGCCACGCCGCCUGCCUCCGCCCAGAGAAAGAGCGCGGGAGCGGGUCAGGGAGGUUAUGUGGCUGCCCCUGCCAAAGUUCGGUGUGCUCUUCUUCCAACAGCAGCAGUCCAGAGGCAGUGGAGGCGGAGCGGGAAGCAGCUACCUGCAGCAGCAACUGGGGGCAGGGUCGUCCGGAGGGUUGGGAGGCCUAGGAGCCUCCUCCUCCUCGACAUGCUCCCUCAACAACAACUCUAGUCUAAACACCAGUCAGGGAAUGGGCUCCUGUUCUGGAUCAGCAUUCCUGCCCAGUCCCUCCUCGCGCUAUUGGCGAUCGUCCUCGCACCACCAACACCACCAGCAUAAUCACCAGCAGCAGUCGCAGCAACUGCAUGGAUCCACAUCCUCCAACUCUGGCUUGAUGGCCAGUCCGGCACGUCCGCGCUCACUAAGCUCGAAUUCCAGCGAUUCUGACGUACCUGGCCAAAAUGCAGGAGGAAGUCCAUCACUGGAUGAACGACUUCGGAACUUCGAGGAGAACUACGAGAGGUGGUCUGGAGGAAACAGCAGAGAACAUGUUUCCAGUCACACGCCCUCGAGUGCCACGCCAUCAUGGCAGCUCUCCAUGCACAUGAAUCUGGGAAGCGGCCUGAACUCGCAUCAACCGAGUUCGGGGUCCGGAAACAGCAACAGUUCAAGUGGGACGGUAUCCAGCUCCACCAGCAAUUCUCGGCACAAGUUUCUGGACAUUGAUGAGCUGCAGCCCUCGGACAUUGUCAAAUCCGUGCUGGCCAAGAAGAGCAUCUUUGACGACGACUUCCAGCGGCUGAACAAAAACCAGUGGUAUGACCCAGCCAGCUCCGAUUUCGCAAUGGGUUCCAGUUCCAAUAUUAUGGUGGGAUCUUCAUUGGUAUCUAGUGUAUCCCGACAUCCUGGAGGCUCAUGCAGUGGGAACACCUCACCAGCGCUGCCCAAUCUCGCGGCUACCAAGACAACUCCUAUUAUUGGAAACUGUGGCGGUGGAUUGGGCAACUCGACGAGUAGCAAAACGGCGGGAUUGCUCCAAAGGCUGAGCAGUUUGUCGCCAAUGAACUCUCCCCAGGCUUCGAUGUCGCCCUACAACAGCCCAUCGCCCUCACCUUCGGUGGGAGGAGCCACCUCCGCAAACCUUGGACAGCUAACCAAACCUGCAGCACCGGGAGUCGCAAGUGGAGCACCCACCGCCGCCUCAUCCUCACCAGCUGCCAAUUCGGGACCCACUAAGGGACUCCAGUACCCGUUUCCCAGUCACCCGCCAUUGCCAAACACUGCUGCGCCUCCGCCAGCGGUGCAGCCAGCGCCUCCACCUCCUCCAGAAAUGGGAAAACAACCGAGAUCAGCUGGUCAGCCUUCUGGAAGCAAUCUGACCAAGAGUUUGAGCGUGCCAGAUGCUCCUCAACAGUCUCCGGCGAGAAUUCAGCUUCAGAAAUCCGCAUCAGUGCCAGGAAGUACCAACGUGGGCACCACCAACAGCACAUCCUCCGGAGCAGCAGCAGGAUCUGCGGGUACAUCUGCUGGUACAUCUACUUCAUCAUCAUCGUCCAACGGUAACAGUUCCUCAACCACAGCAGUGACACCUGUACAAAAACCACCGCAACCGACCUUUAGCGAGGAAGAGCAGCCGAAGAAGAGUGGUACCACCUCGUCAUCCCAAUCCUCUGGUUCCAGUUCGAGGAAGAUCAGUAGCAGCCACGAUAAAUCUCACAGCAAGCACAACAAUCGAUCCGAAUCGAGCGACAAGAAGAACAAAAAGUCCGACAAGAACUCGUCGUCCCAUUCGUCCUCCGAUAAGCGGAAGAACUCGGCCACUUCGCAGUCCUCCAAGUCAGCUACUCCCCGCAUUGAAGACGACUCCAGUGAACCCGAUGAGCCGGCGGAGAAAUCCGAGAAGGACCAGCGCCACGAAAGGGAGAAAAAGGAGCGUCAGGAGAAGGAGAAGCGUGAGAAGGAUCUGCGGAAGCAGCACGAGCGAGAGGAAAAGGAGCGCAAGGCUCUGCAGGAGGAGAGAGACAGAGAGGAGCGAAAGGCCAAGGAGGAGAAAGAAAAGGAGAAGGAGCGCGAGAAAAAGGCCCAAGAGGAUCGGGAAAAGAAGGAAAGGGAAGAACGAGAGCUUAGGGAGAAGGAGCAGCGUGAAAGGGAACAAAAAGAAAAGGAGCAAAGAGAAAAGGAGCUGCGUGAAAAGGAGCAACGAGAGAAGGAGCUGCGAGAAAAAGAGCAGAGGGAAAAGGAGCUGCGCGAGAAGGAGCAAAGGGAAAAGGAGCUCCACCGCGAGAACGAUCAACGUGAGAGAGAGCAGCGAGAAAAGGAGCAAUCUCGGCGCGCCAUGGAUGCCGAGCAGGAAGCUCGCAUGGGCAGGAUGCGUGAACUCUCCUCGUACCACAAGAGCAAGGCGGAUGCCACCGUCGAGGCUAGCAGCUUCUACUCCCACAACAAUAUUGCUUCCUCAACUGCCCCAAGCGAUUGUCAACACAACAAGGAGAACGCCGUGGAUGCCACUGCUCCCGGCACUCCGAGUGCUUCUCCAUCUACCCCUUCAGACAACGCUUCCAAGGACCGCUCGCGGAAGUUGUCCAGAAAUUCGCCAGUGCGCCUGCACAAGCGACGACUCAGUUCGCAAGAAAGCAACCACAGUGCCGGAGCAUGUGGAGGAUCUAGCCACCAGAAUCACCAUGAGGACUAUGUAAAGCGCAUAAGAAUGGAGGGCUCCCAGAAUACAUCGGUUCACAACAGUAAUCAGAGGCUGACCGACCGCCGGGACUCCAAGGAGCACAAGAGCAGUAGUUCCAAGGAGGAGAAAACCAGUAGCUCUCACAUCUCAAAGUCCCAUGGCAGCGGAGGGAGUUCCUCUUCAUCCUCGAAGCAUCAACGCCGGGAUAAGCACCACCAGAAGAGCAGUGUCAGCUCGAUUGAAACGAAUCCCUCCAUUGAAAUGGCGGUGGAUCCUUCUUCCCAAAGCAAACAGCAGUUAAAUACGAGUGAGGAGGAGCAGCAUCCUCAGCCCAAAAGGGAGAAGGAGAGGGAGCACUCCAGUAGUCACCAUCACGGCAGUAGCUCAUCCUCCAGGCAUAAGAGCAAAAGAGAGCAUCAUCACCAUCGCGAGAAGAAGAGGCAUUCGGUGGCGGAAUCCACAAACACAGAUGAAGAACAUACGCCCCAGCAGCACAAUCCUCACAGGAGAAUCUCUGCGGCGGGAAGUGGAUCCGCUGGAGAACUCAGCUCAGCAGCCACCAAUACCUCGAGUGGAAAGCCCCAUCAUCACCACCACAGACGCAGUGCGGAGCGGAAAUCAUCGAGGGGAUCCGAUGAAGGCCAUCACUCCUCUUCGAAAUCGCUUCGCGCCAAACUGAUGAUGUUGAGCUCCGCAGACUCUGACGACACAGAUGAUGCUUCCAAGAAGCACUCCAUCUUCGACAUUCCGGACGAUUGUCCCAAUGUCUCAAUGUACGACAAAGUAAAGGCCAGGAGCUGCAAGAAUAUGCAACGCCAGGCGGAGGAGAAAAAGAUCAAGGCGAAAUUCUCUCAGCUCAAGCAAUCUCGUGCCAAAAAGAAGCGUUCCACCAGCUAUGACGGGGACUCUGACACAGAGUUUGAGGAUCGUCACCAUCGUAAUAGUGGCAGCAGCAGUUUCCAUGGUCGUUAUCCUGGUCUGUCCAGCAGCGACGAUGAUGACGAUGAGGAGUGCCACCAGCGGCGAAUUUCCUCCGAUUCGGAUGCAGAGCCUGGCGAUCAGGAACGGCAGGAUGCAAGCGCCCUGUCGGAUAAAAGGCUGCGUCAGAUGCAGCAGAACCUACGGAGACUUUGCGAUGGCGACGACAGCUCCGAGGAUGAGAUCAGAAGGAAUGUGAUGAAGCACAGUCACCUGGGCAAGAGAAACUCACACUCCACACGGAUUGCAUCCGAUUCGGAGUCGCAAUCCCUACCGCCUCCUGAUUUGGCGAUCAAGCAAGAACAGCCCGCUGCUCCCGUCCACGAAAUCAAGCGGGAGCAGCUCUCCGACAGCGAACAGAAGUUCAAGUCCCGUCAUGACUCCAACUCCUCGAUGGAGGAGCGCAAGGUGAAGACGGAAAGGGAGAUCAAGAAGGAGAUUGGGGAUUUCUACAAUUCAGCUGCCUACACUUACUCUGAUUCUGGGAAGCCCAAGGAUUACUCACCAGAAACUCGCAAAAAACACAAGAAGAGCAAGCGGCGCCUGAAGUCCGCAUCCACAGCGGAGACAUCGGCUCCUCCGACUCCUCUGCUGGUGACUCCAUCGACGCCCUCCAUCUUUGAUGUUCACUCUUCAACCGAGUGCAAAGCCAAGUUCGAUAGUUUUGAUGACCUUAAAACCGAGAGUGCUUCUCUGCCGCUAGAGAUUUCGGCCAGUGAGAGGAGAAAGCACAAGGAGAGAAAGGAAAAGAAACGCGAAAAGAUGAGGAAUAUGACGGAGACCAAUAGCAGCACCACUGUGGCCAAUUCGCCUACCACCAACGAUGCAGUUACAGAAAAACUGUCGAAGGAAGAACGCCAUCGUCUGAAGAAGUCCAAGAAAUCGAAGAGCCUGGAUACCUCCUCCUCCACGAAAAUAUACAACUCAGGAGGAGUCCAUCCUAGUGCUUCGCCCAUGCCUGCCACGCCCACUUCGGCUCCUGUGAUGUCGCAGCCUUCCAAGAGGGGAGAGGAUAAAAUGGAGUUCAUCUUUGGCAUCAUUUCGGAUGAGGAUGAAUCGCAGUUCCCCGAACAAGCAGAGAGCAACAAGGACACCAUAGCCAGUUGUGUGUCAACCACUGGUCCAAUUGUCUCGGCUGCUCUGCAAACGUACAAACAGGAACCUACCACACCCAACAGCAAAAACCAAGAAGUGCUAAAUCAACUGCCCGUGCCGGAGGAUGAGCAGCAGCAGCCACAGGAAAGAAGUCGCCAGACGGGCGGCAGCAGUUCAUCCUCCCAUGCGGAUAGGGAGCGACAUCGGAAGGAGAAGCGCGAGAAGAAGCGGCGCGAGAAAUCUCAGCGAGAACAGCAACAUCAGGCACAACAGCAAACCUCUAAGGCUGAGACCAAAGUGGAUGAUGACAACAGCGUGGACAUGGAUGAAGCAGGAAGAGCUCUCGAGGCUCAGCUAAUGAUUGACUUUGACAGCAAGCCAAUUCCAGAGGAAGCCACUCCCUCCACAGCCGCCACCUACAGAUCCGAUAUGGCAGAUGUGUUCCGGUUCUCGGACAACGAAGACAACCACUCGGUGGAGAUGAUUAAGCAGGGCGCCAAACCGGAGCAGCAAGAGCAGCAUAAGAGCAAGGACAAGAAGAAGAAAAAGAAGCGGUCCAAGGAGGAGAAGCAGGAGAAGAUGCUGCAGCAGCAGCGCAGGGAAUCCUUGCCAAAUGCGGCACCCACUUCGUCCGCUCCUCCGACUCCUGGAAAACUGACUGUCAACGUUCAAGCUGCUAGCAAGCAUGCAGAGGAGCAGCUGGAUGCCAAGCACGUUUCAUCGCCACCAAUGUGCAAGCCAUCUCCUAGUUUACCCUGCCUAAUAGGCGACGAUGACGACGAUGUACUGCUCACCCCGAAGGCGAAACCCACGACCCCCGUGAGCCGCGGAAGCGAUAGCCUCACUCCUUCGCGCGAGAAGCCUCGUCUCAUCAGUCCCAUACCCAAAACUCCAACCAUCGCCAACAGUUCCAUGCUGUCCACUCAGUCUGCAGAGACCCCGGUGAGCAGUGGAACCGGAGUGAAUUCCUCUUCUGCCUUGGCCACCACGCCCACAUCCUCCACCGCAGCCGGAGCCAGUGCCGCAGUAACUGCAGCGGCAGGAUUGGAAAGCUCGCCGACCAGUGCCUCUGGCCAAAACAAGAAGAAGGAUAACUUCAUACCCGGCUUCGAUGGCCAGCUGGAUGAUAGGAUUAGCGAAUCGGCCGUUCAAUCUAUUUCGGCAGAGUUCAAUUCAUCAUCCUUGCUGGAAAAUAUGGCAGAUGAGCCUAAAAUUCCGGUGGCAUCGCCUCCAGGUGCGACCAAGCCCUUGGAUAAGCUGGAGGACAGCAAGUCGCGUGUGACCAUCUCGCAGGAGGAGACGGAGAGUGCCGUGUCCGCUCUUUUGGGUGAAAGUUUUGGCACUUCCUCCACGGCGGAUUACUCGCUCGAUGGCAUGGAUGAAAUGACCUCGGUAAGUGAGAUAGAAACCCCAGCUCUAGUGGUGGCAGAACCCGACGAAGAGGCAGCUCUGGCCGCCAAGGCCAUCGAGGCAGCUGGAGAGCCGGCAGCCAUCCUGGAGGAACCCGAACUGGAGCCCGAGCCGGAGCCAGAACCGGAACCAGAGCCCGAACCUGAACCAGAACCCGAAGCUGAACUGGAACCUGCUCUCGGUGAUCCCGACGAACUCAACAAGGCGGUGCAAAGUUUGAGGCACGAGGAUAUGAUGGACAUCAAGGCUGAUACUCCGCAAUCGGAGAGGGAUCUGCAGAUUGAUACGGACACAGAGGAGAAUCCCGACGAGGCGGAUAGCAGUGGACCCAGUCUUAAGAUCGAUGAAACUGUCCAGAGCUCCUCGUCGCCGGAUAAGUCCAUCAGCAACAGCAGCUCUUCUGUGAGGGAAGCGCCAAAGGUGGAAUUGCCUCAGGAAGAAUCGAAACCCAAGCCCAGCAAGGAAGCCGCACCGCAACUUUCUGUGAUAACAAAGUUGCCAUCCUUGGAGCCACAGAAGACGGCACCUGUAAGUGACGCAGUGGUAGCCUCUUCCCCUGCUAAGAUUGAACCGCCAACCAUCAGUAAACUCCAACAGCCGUUGGUGCAGCCUGUGCAGACAGUCUUACCUGCUCCACAUCCCGUGGGAGCAAGCGGAGUUAAUCCAACACCCGUCAUUAACCUGGAUCUGUCCAAUGUGAUGAGCAAUUGCUCCAACUCCAGCACAGCGUCUACAACAGCUUCAGCUUCUGCGUCCAUCUCAUUUGGAAGUCCAACUCCAAGUCAGAAUAUUAUGCCUCAAGCUUCGACUCCCAAGCAGGCUCCGCCAACGCCACACCAAACAUUGCGAACGCAAUCCCUGAUUAUGCAGCCACCAACGAUAUACAUACCAGAGCAGCCUGCCCACUUUGUGGUGCCCCAAAUGGUGCUAUCUCCACAUCAGCAGCAACAGCAGCCGCAUCAUCCCCAGCAAGCUGGAACGUACAUGGUUGGCAUUCGGGCUCCCUCUCCACACAGUCCGCUUCUUUCGCCAGGACGCGGUGGAGCCCAAAACCGCCUGGUGGGUCAGCUAAGUCCUGUUGGGCGACCUGUGGUAAACCCACCGGCAACGCAGCAACAGGUUCAGCAGGCACAGCUGAUAACCAGCCCUCAGGGUAGCAACAUAAGUCCGUUGGCCAGUCCCACAACUCGAGUGUUGGCCGCCAACAAUUCGCCUAGCAGCAACAAGGCGAACACUUACCAGCCCAGAAGCCAGCAUCAACAACAACAACCACAGCAGGUGCCCCAGCAACCUUCGUCGAAAUCUGUGAUUGAGGUGCAGAAUUCACCGCAGUUGAUGGCCAUUCCCCUGCAGAAAAUGCCAGCUAUGCCAGUGCCCCAUCAUCCGACGAUCAUUAGCAAAGUGGUGACCGUGCAGCCGCAACAGGCCACUCAAUCCCAGGUGGCCAGUUCACCACCCUUGGGCAGCCUGCCGCCGCACAAGAACCUUCAUGUGAAUGCCCAGCAGCAACACCAUCAGGCCCAGCAGCAGCAGCAGCAACAGCAGCAUUCGCCGCAGAUGAUGGCCAAGAUGACGGCGCACCAGCAGCAUCAGCACCAGCAGCACAUGCAACAGUUUAUGCACCAGCAGAUGAUACAGCGACAACAGCAGCAGCAGCAGCACAUGCAACAGCAACAACUUCAUGGCCAGGCGCAACAAUUGACGACAGCUCAGCAACACCAAAUGCAGCAGCAGCAACAGCAUCAGGCUCAGCAGCACCAUCAAGCUCAGCAGCAACACCAAGCUCAGCAGCAACAUCAAACACAACAGCAGCAUCAAAACCAGCAGCAGUUAAACCAACAACAUCACGCUCAACAACAACAUCAGGCUCAGAAACAGCAUCAAGCUCAGCAGCAGUUCAACCAACAACAUCAGGCCCAACAGCAGCAGCAAUUGAACCAGCAACAUCAGGCCCAACAACAGCAGCUGCAGCAAAUACAAAAGCUACAACAACAGAUCCAUACUCCCCAGCAGCAGCAACAGCAGUCGCCUCAGGGCCCAGGCCACUUGGGAGCUCCUUCGCCGAUGUUUCCAUCGCAACAACAUCAUACGCAGCUUCCACCACGAGGUGUGCCGCCUCAGCAGCAACAUCCGCAACAACUGCCGCACAGUCCACCCUGCAAGCCGAAUACUUUGGUUCCGGUUCCGGUUGCAGUCCCUCAAGGGCCGCAGCCUGCAGCAAUAUUGACAAGAGUUGGACCCCAGGCACAGACUCACCAACAGCAGUCGCAGCAGCCACACCAACAACUGCCGCCAGUGCCAGUACACCAUCAUCAGAAGCCGCUGUCUUCGCCAGGAGGAAAUCUUCCUCUUCAAACGCCACACAACGUGAUCCAGAAUACACCAAAGUUGAUUGUGCAACAACAUAUUGUACCGCCACCAAAUCAAGUUGCUCCACAAUCGACUUCAGCGAAUGCCAUUCACUAUGCUCCAAACCAGAGCAAGGAGAAUCCAGCCGCUGCUCAUGCAGAACCAUCACCGGCUGUGGCAGCCCUGAAGACAUCGGAAAGUGUGUCGGUAAUUCGUACACCCACUCCAACUACCAGCUCGGCAGUAAUCUCACCGAAGACCGGAGCCUCCCUGCUGACGGAGGAGAAUCUGAUCAAGAUCUCGCAGCCGAAGCAGGAUGAGCUGAUCGAACAGGAUUCCAAGGAGGUGGACAGCGAUUACUGGUCAGCCAAGGAGGUGAACAUUGACAGUGUGAUAAAGAAACUAGAUACUCCGUUGGCGGCUAAAGAGGACAAGCGACCAGUUGAGAUGCAGGCAAUGGGACCGGCUCCUGUUCCGAAUCCGCAGCCUGUGGAUCACGAGGAGCCGCCCCUUCCGACUCCUUCUGUGAGUGCCAACAGCUCCAACGAUCACGACACAGAGGAUGAGACGGAGACCAGGCAAUUGCCGCCAGCAAAGCCUGCCAUGCCCACUGUUGGCCGACCCCCGGGAAGGGGAGGCAGCGCCAAGCGAGGUCGCCAACCGAGAGGAGCCAAAAAGGUGGGAGGAUUCCCGCUUAACUCGGCAACAGCUACGGCCCCAGGAGCGGAUUCGGGAUUGGUGUUGCAGCCAGGUGACAACGGAGUGCAAACCAGGCUGAGGAAACCUGCUACAGCUCCUGUGACCAGAGGCAGAAAAGGUCGUCCUCCGAGGAAUCUGCUCUUGCAGCAGCAGCAACUUCAGCAGCAGCAGCUCGAUUUGCAGCGAAAGGCAAUGGAAAUGGUCGCAACAACCACGCCUGCGGUUGCACCGCCAGCCGUUCCUAUUCCUCCCAGUCCCGUGCUCACAGCUGCAGAGAAGAAGGCCAGAAACCAAGCCUUGACUCAGGCGCAAGCUCAGCAACAGGUCGCCAGUCAAGUGGGAACCAGUCAGGAUAUCUACGAGUUCCACGAAGACGCCGGCGAAGAGCCCAAGGGCAAAGCCAAUUCUACGGUUGCGCCACCAGCAGAAGAUCAGCGACCACGACUCAUUCUCACCAUCAACAAGACGCAACCUUCAAUUAAGAACAGUGCCGAAGCGGAGCAACCUAUGCCACAACAACAGCAGCCGGAGGUUGUAUCACAAAGUGAUCCAAUCGGCGGAGACAACUCCGAGUCGAGUAAUACACGCAAAUCACGCCGACUGCAGGAGAAGGAGGAUCGUAGCACCGUGGACGACAUAAUCGAGGAUGUCGUGCGAAAUACGAACACUCCAACUGGAGCGGGACAACAGUUGCCGAAAGGCGCCCAAACUCCACCACGCCGUUCUGGCAGAAAUGCGCAGGCAAAGAAGACGGAUGCUGUGCAACCCGCCAACGCAGUUGGACGCCCAAGACGUUCAAAGGACAGGAAGACUAUUGGUGAGCCGACAGCAAGCUUGACGGAUGAGCCGAUCGCGGCAAAUCCAACCACUGCCGCUCCUGAGGCCGUUAACGUGCAACCUCAUAUGCCGCAGUUGGAUAGUAAGGAAGUGGAACCUAUACCCAUUCCAGUCGCACCCAUUCCUACUCGUAGUCCAGUGGCUGUAUCGGUUCCCGUUACCGCUCCCGUUCCCGUGCCCGUCAUGGUUCCGCCCAAGCCGACAAUGCCGCAACAUCCCAAAAAGAAAGCGAUCGCGGCAGCGGAGAUUGAGUCCUAUCAGGCCAUCAACUCAUCCAUUCCCAGCGGCGGAUUGCCGAUGCAUCAAACAGCAGCUCCUGCUACACAGAAGAUCACUGGCGGGGCAGCGGAUGCGGUCAGCAAGGCUCUAGUUGAUCCCGUCACGGGAGUAAUCACCGCAGGAAUGCCCCAGGGCAAGGAGGGCAAUCUUCCAGCAGCCACCGCCGCUGCUCCUGCCAACAGCAGCAAUGAAGCCGGUCCACCGCCUCAUCCCUCGCAGCAGCAGCAGCAGCCACUUCCGCAGCAAGCACCACACAAACAAAUUAGUACCACUGUGAUUGCUUCUGGUGCUCCAACACCGAUUACCGCUUUGGGAAAAUCCGUGCAGCUUGAGUCCGCCGCAGCAGCGGCCCUGCUCAACAAGCCAGUGAGUGUUCUGGUGAAAGGAAACCCCACUCCACCGGUGAUUCAGCAGCAGCAGCAACUACCACAGAUGGUGGCUCCGCCAAAACAACCCAUUGUACUGCAGCAGAAUCCGCUUCCUACGGUGGUGCAGCAUGCGCAGCACAGCAAUGUGCGGCCACCUCAACCACUCAAGGCUCACGUGCUGAAUAGGGAAAAGAAUCUGCAGCAGCAAUUGACGCCCACCAAGCAGCCAGUAGCUCAACCCCCGCAGCAGCCACAUUCUGGCCACAUGUUGCUCACAGACAACGCAGGAAAUCAGCAACUGUUGCAGCCCCAGAUCAUUGCACGUCACCUGCAGCAGCAGCAACAUCUUCUGGUCAAUGUGCCGCCACCAACAGCACACUCGCCGCACUCACCCAGAAUUCCUGGCCACCAGCAACAGUUGGGACCAGGAGCUACCGUCAGUCCCCAGCAGCAGCAGCAGCCACAAACGUUGGUGAUCAAGCAAACGACUUCAGCUGCGACACCACAGAUACUGCAUGUGGUGAGCUCCAAGGCUUCAGUGGUGGCGCAGCCGCAACAACAGCAGCAGCAGCCGCCACCCACUUCGUCAGCAGGAGUUCACAUGCAGCUGGGCAAGCCCAACUUUGGCUACGCACCCUCUGUCUUGCCACCCACUUCGUCGGCAUCCAUUCCGCAGCAGCAACAGCAGCAUCUGUACAAGCAAACCAACCAGCAGAAGGCAGCUCAGGUGCAACUACCUCCUCACGGCAUGAUGUUGCCCACCCAUCCUGGAAUGCUUCUGCAGCAGAAACUACCAGCACAUCUGCAGCCACAGCAGCAUCAGUUGAAUCCCUCGCCUCCGCCUGGAAAGCCCAAUCCCAUAGUGCACGGCCUGCAGGCUGGCCAAAUCAUGGCAGGCAGUGUGGGAAGUCCGCCGCCGGUAUCAGCUGCAGUGCUGAAAUCCGCUCAGCAGCAGGUCAACUCCGCCGUAGGAGCAGCUGGGCUGCGCACAGCGAUUCCGAACAUCAGUCCGCAAGGCCAGCCGAGGGUAUCGCCACUGGUUCUACCGCCUGGAAUGGCCGGAGUGCCGCCUUUCGACGCUGGCUUGCAUGACCUGGGCGCUUACGUCAGUGGACGGCGAACCCAGAGUCCGCCUCCAGCUCAUCAGCAGGCAUCGCCCAUAACACCGAACGAUUCAACCUAUCGAGGAGUGGCUGCUUCCAGGGAUUUCAUGCUCUACCAGCAUCACUUGAUGCGAGGUGGCGACUACGAUGACAAGAUGAGCAACAGUCCGCCUCUGGAGCUACGACGCCCUGGCAGUGGACCUCCAAGGACCAUUGCAGUGCCUCACAGUUUGCAGAGUCCGCAGGAUCGCACCGCAGCUGACUCGCCGCAAAUGGCGCAGGUUUAUGUACACAAUGCCCGCAUUCCACCGGCUCACUUCAGCGAAAUAGCUUCGAGAGGCUUGUACGAGAGUGGUGGCCUACAGCUGGAGCCACCGCCGGCCCAUCGACCAACUGCAUCCAUUAGCGUGGUGGUGCCACCACAAAUGCCAGCAGUCUCCGCCGGAAGUCCGUUUAUUGGACGCGAUGGCAGCGUGCAGCCGGGAAGCCACCUUCAUCCAGGCAAGCCAAUGGAAAUGCAGGAAAUGCACGAUCUGGACCACAUGUCUAUGAUCGCAGCUGCCGUCAAGCAACAGCAGGAGCAUCUACCACCUUCUCUGCACGCUGGCAUGGAACUGGCCCCCCAGCAAGCUCCACCGGCGAUGGCUCCACCACCGGGUGACUCGCUGGUUACUCUCCUGCAACGCUACCCAGUGAUGUGGCAGGGUUUGCUGGCCCUGAAAACCGACCAGGCCGCUGUGCAAAUGCACUUUGUGCAUGGAAACCCGAAUGUGGCUAGAGCGUCACUUCCCAGCUUGGUGGAGACCAACACGCCGCUGCUGAGAAUUGCACAGCGGAUGCGACUGGAGCAAACACAGCUGGAAGGAGUCGCCAAAAAGAUGCAGGUUGACAAGGAGCAUUGCAUGCUUUUGGCUUUGCCCUGCGGAAGAGAUCACGCCGAUGUGCUGCAGCAUUCAAGGAACCUCCAGACCGGAUUCAUCACCUACCUGCAACAGAAAAUGGCCGCCGGCAUUGUGAACAUACCCAUUCCGGGCAGCGAGCAGGCGGCCUACGUGGUGCACAUCUUCCCGGCAUGCGAUUUCGCUAACGAGAACCUCGAGCGUGCUGCUCCGGAUCUCAAGAAUCGCGUGGCCGAGUUGGCACAUCUCCUGAUUGUCAUUGCCACUGUCUAAAUCACAGAACAGCAGGCCACUAACCGAUGGAAACAAAACAAACGGAUGAAGAAAAUAAAAAUAUCACCGGAUGUCCACCCCACAGGCAAAUACUACAAGAACUACAAGAAUUAAACCAGAAAGAAAGAAACCAACAAAAACAAGUUACGCUCUUCUAGUAUUUUAAGUAAUUUUAAAUAGCGAUUAAACAAGCAAAAGUUUAAAAAAGCAAAGCAAAACGAUACAAAAAGAACUUAAACAAGCAGAAACAUGCAAACUUUAUUGAAUAAACAAAUGCAAGAGAAGCAGAAGAACAUUGAGGCCAAGAUCACAUCUGGACGGAAAGAGAUCCGCAAGAGACUCAAACAAAGCGAAAAAAAUCCCUUCAAAUCCCGACACUUUGAAAGCUGAAGCAAAUCGAUAAAUAUUUGUCUAAAUUAAUUAUUUAACUCUACCUAAUUUAAAAUCAUUAACAAAAAGCUUGCAAAGUAUCGUUAAGUUUGAUCUCAAGAAAGAAAGUUUUAUUUUUGCUUUAUUUAAAAUGAAAGAAACACGUAAAACACGAAAACCUACACAUGCAAAUUGAAAGAAAUGUUAAAGAAAGCUUACAACAUAUUAACUGUUUACUGUACUAUGCAUACUACUACCCAAACAUAAUAUUAAUAUCCGAUCCUAUCCCUAACACGAUUAAGUUUUGAUUGGUCUAUAACUUUCGACUGCUUCGAUAGGAAAGUUACUGCUCCGCGUUAUACAAAGUUUCCGCCCCGAACACAACCAACCGUUUUAUUUUAGACAGAUCGGUUCCUUGGCUCUAUGGAAUGCCUGCCUAUUAAACUAGUAUACGGGGCCUGACAUAGACCCAAAGAACUUCAGAUGGGUCAGGUCUGUCGCCCAUGCUGUUAAGCACAAUUAGGUUUAGAGAUGCGCCCAGAGGCUUUUCCUACGAUAGCAUACACACACACAUACAUUAUGCAUUACAUUACAUUAUCUAGACGCGUAUUUAAUUAUAAUCAAUAUGUUAAGCCAAAUACUUUAAAGUUUAGACACGUCUCGUUUCGUGUUGUUACUUUCGCUCUGCAGCAGAGUUUCUUAUAUUCUCUUAGAAAUCCGAUAGAGUUCCCGAAUCGACGCUGUUGGUAAUUUUGUUUGUUGUUUCCUACCUUCUGUUUCUAUUUUAUUUUUUACUUACCACCACCAUCACUGCCACAAAACUAAAUCUAUGAAUCACUGGUCUAAAUCUAAACAUAGGCGUUCCGAUCUCCUCCCACUUUUUAGUUUUUGUGCGCGAAACUUUGUACAAUGUUGGGUAGUUUCAGGGCCUCUAUACCAUUAUGCUGACACCCCACAAGAACAUUAACACAUAAACAUACCCCUCACAUUAUGAUACAAUAACCUAUAUAGUACCCUCUCUGAACACUCCUUAAAUUUAAACGUAAGUUUUCACACGACUUGUAAAUUAUGUGACCGACAGAAAAAUAUGAAAAAGAAAAACACGAGUAAAAGAAAAGAAAACAAAACACAACUGUAAAAUAUUUAAAUUAUUUAGACUCUAACAAGUAUGAAAUGUAAAUACAGUUUAAUUAGUGUUUAGCGCGUAUUUAGUUGUAUGUUUUAAAACUAAACUAAAGAGAAACAAACUGUACAUUAUAUAACACAAUUAACUAUACGAAAAUAAGAGAGAUCAGAUCUGCAAUUGGUCACCCAGGAACAGAAAUCGAUAAAAAGAAAAGUAAAAGCGAAGAAAGCAGCAAGUAAAGAGAACACAUUUUUCAAGUUGAAACAGAUGAAGCGCUGUUAAACAUAUGUUAAUGUAUAAGUUGUAUGAUUUAAGAGACUUUUUAGUUAUUUUCUAAGUUACAUUGAAGAAACCGAUUAAAUUACACUUAUUUCUUACA